ACAUACGCCGCUGAUAUUUUCUUUGCUCAAACCUGGAAGGACUUUCGGCUAAGGCUGCCUGAAAACAUGACUUCAGAGUAUCGGCUCCUGGAUUUGGACUGGCUCAAACACAUGUGGCGUCCCGACUCGUUCUUCAAGAACGCAAAGUCCGUGACCUUCCAAACGAUGACCAUCCCCAACCAUUACGUGUGGCUGUACAAGGAUAAGACCAUUUUGUACAUGGUCAAGUUGACAUUGAGGCUUUCUUGUGCGAUGAACUUCUUGAUCUACCCUCACGACACUCAGGAGUGCAAACUGCAGAUGGAAAGCU